AUGUCUACCGUUGACAAGGAAGAGCUAGUUCAGAAGGCAAAAUUAGCCGAACAAUCUGAACGGUACGAUGAUAUGGCACAGGCAAUGAAAUCAGUUACAGAAACCGGUGUGGAACUGUCAAAUGAGGAAAGGAACCUACUGUCCGUUGCUUACAAGAAUGUUGUCGGUGCCCGAAGAUCGUCAUGGCGAGUGAUAUCGUCGAUUGAACAGAAAACUGAAUCCUCUGCCCGCAAACAGCAACUGGCACGAGAGUACCGGGAACGAGUUGAGAAGGAACUGAGGGAAAUCUGCUACGAAGUCCUGGGUCUGCUGGACAAAUUCUUAAUUCCCAAAGCCAGUAAUCCAGAGAGCAAGGUGUUUUACCUCAAAAUGAAGGGAGACUACUACAGAUACCUAGCUGAAGUAGCCACCGGCGAAACCCGCCACACUGUGGUUGAGGAUUCGCAGAAAUCGUAUCAGGAAGCGUUCGACAUUGCAAAGUCGAAAAUGCAACCCACGCACCCGAUUCGGUUAGGUCUAGCGCUGAAUUUUUCCGUCUUUUACUAUGAAAUCAUAAACUCUCCAGCACGGGCUUGCCAUCUGGCAAAGCAGGCAUUCGAUGACGCGAUUGCUGAGCUGGACACGUUGAACGAGGACUCCUAUAAAGACUCGACACUCAUCAUGCAGCUGCUGCGAGACAACCUGACGCUGUGGACGUCCGAUACCCAGGGUGACGGCGAUGAACCACAGGAGGGUGGCGAUAAUUAACCAAACUAAAAUUAAAGCGAUACAAAAACACACACGCAAACACUA